AUGGCGAAAGAUAAAAAUGGCAACAGCCAGUUGUAAAAGCUUGGAAGAUUCAGAAACUGCUAGAGAAAGCGAGGAAGAAACUGAAAUUCCAAAAGAUUUUGAGCCAGGGGCUUCAAGCGAAUCAAUACUGAUUUCAAUAGAUUUGUACGAAGAAGUUGAAAAUUCACCUGGUUCAGUAUAUGAAGAUGUUAGUUAUAGGAGAAGGAAAAGUACAAUUUGUGAGCUUGAACGUUCGGCAGGAAAGAGAGUUCUUGCUGAAGAACAAGUUGAAACAUCUAAGUCGUUUGAUGACAAGAGUCAAGAUGGUCAGUUGAAAGCGGAAAUUGGCCACGAUGAAUCAAUAAGGAUAAAGAACAGUCCAAAUGUUGAACCAAUCAGGAUUGAAAUGGAGUCAAUUCAGAUGUCAAGUGAUGAAGAAAAACAUGAAAUAAUAGAAACUGCUGAAGAUAUUCACAACCCUGAAUGGAAACAACACUCCAAACAUAUCUUUAUCCUCAGUGAAGCAGGAAAACCUAUUUAUAGUCGAUUUGGAAGUGAGGACAAAUUAGUAACGUUAAUGGGAGUCAUGCAGGCUUUGGUGUCCAUUGUUCAAGACAAUGGUGAUGUGAUUCGUUCCAUACAUGCAGGAGAUCAUAAGUUUGUCUUUCUUGUUCGGCUUCCACUUAUUUUAGUAGCAGUAGCGAAUACUAAUGCUUCAGCUCCUCAGCUUGUUGUUCAGCUUAACUGUGUGUACAACCUGAUCCUGUCGGUAUUAACUUCCACUCAACUGUGCAGUAUCUUUGAACAGCGAAGGAACUAUGAUUUAAGACGCUUACUAGGAGGAGCAGAAAAAUUCCUGGACAAUUUGGUGGACACAAUGGACUCAGAUCCAAGUUUCUUAUUGGUUGCUGUUCGCUGUUUACCACUAACAAGCGCUAUUAGAGACACGAUUAGUCAAAGUAUUGUUCAAUAUUGUAGCAAAGUUAAGAAUGUUGUGUUUGCCAUCCUGGUUGCCAAAAACCAGCUUGUGACAAUUGUUCGAAUGAAGAAAUAUUCUCUUCAUCCAUCUGAUCUUCAUCUUGUUAUGAAUCUUGUAAAUUCUUCAGAUAGUUUCAAAGCAGCAGAAUCGUGGACACCAAUUUGUUUACCAAAGUUUGAUUCCAGUGGUUUUCUCCAUGCACAUGUUUCUUAUCUUGAUGAUAAUUGUCCAGCUUGCCUCUUGCUCCUCACAGUGGACAAAAACUUGUUUUUUACACUACAGGAAUGUCGUCGGAAGAUUGUUGAGAGACUGCAUCGUUAUAACUGUUUAGAAGCCAUAAAUGCAUCUCUAGAGUCUGAGGGCUACUCUGUAAGUGAAGUAGGACUUCCUGAUCUUCGUCACUUUAUUUACAAGUCAAAGUCUGCUGCCCAGUUUACUGAGCCUCGCUUAGAAGCUCCAUAUGUGAGUAACGAGGAUCAAAGUAACCUCUUUGGACUGUACCAGUACCUGCACCAUCGCAUGUAUAAUUCUGCCAGACCUCUUAAGAUCCUGUUCUAUGUGGGCCAGAAAGAGAUCAUGUUAAGCUGGCACAUGGCAGGGUUUGAACUAUAUGCUGCUUUUGAACCUAUGGUGACCAAGUUUACAGCAGUCAACACUAUGAACAAAUUAGUAAGGUGGAUUAAGAAAGAGGAAGAUCGUUUAUUUAUUAUGAAUGCUCCAACAAUUUAAUCUUGAGAUAUUGAAGAUGUAAGCUCUGUAUGUAGAACUAUUAUACAUGUUCAUUUGGUGAAGCACUAAGAUUAUUAUUUAACACCAAUUAUCAGAAAGCUUACUUAGAAUAUGUAUAAUUUGAGAAUCACAAUGGAAUUGAGGUCCUUCCUUUCUUUACAUACAUUUCAAAAACAUUAGCCACACGAGACAAAUUUCUGUUUAAAGCUUACACAGAAUGGGACCAAAAAUGUGGUUUACAUACCAUGCUCAACCCUGGUCAGGUUUUCAUGGGUCUAAACAACAAAAACAGUAGUUAUAAUAACAAAAAUAUCGGGUUAUAGCAUAUAACAGUACAUUUUUUAUGCAUUACUCUGGUAUACAAAAAAAAUUGUAGUAUUUGAAUUAACAAUUAUGUUGUGUCCAACUUCAAAAGGAGUAGAAUUGACUUGUCAACUCUUGAAAAUAAAUACAACUUCGGGUAGUUUUUGGGAGGAUUUAUUUUU